AUGCAGCAGAAUGGGCAGCAGCCUCCAUCUGGCAUCGUCCGACUCCCCGCGUUUAGACCAGCAUCGCCCUCCGAGAGCCCUGUAACGCCAUGUCAACUUCGCCAGGAAAGAUACGACGCUCCGCCAGCCAAUGCAAAUACACAUAUAUGUGUCGCUUACUCUCUUUCCGCCUCACGCGUAUGCAUGGAACACAGACUAGCAUAG